AUGGCUGCAAUGGGAGACCUGCCGGAUGAGAUCCAAACCCAACAAAGAGGCUAUUGGAGAUGGAGCAAACAAGAUUUCUUACCAGAAGAAUCCUUCCAAGACUGGGGCACUUAUCGAUCAGCGUUGUCACAAACAUGUUUCCGAUUCAAGGACCGUCUUGUGAGCCGAUCUGAUGAUGCCAAUGAGCUUAACGAACUCCGGAAACAAAGUGAGAACAACAUGAAGCGCUGCCUCAGUUGGUGGGAUCUCAUCUGGUUUGGAUUUGGCUCGGUUAUAGGGGCUGGUAUAUUUGUGCUCACUGGUCAAGAAGCACAUGAACAUGCUGGACCUGCCAUCGUCUUGUCCUACGUUGCAUCAGGCAUUUCCGCAAUGCUCUCAGUUUUCUGCUACACAGAAUUUGCAGUAGAAAUCCCAGUAGCUGGUGGAUCAUUUGCUUACCUGAGAGUAGAAUUGGGAGACUUUGCAGCAUUCAUAGCAGCAGGAAACAUACUUCUUGAAAGCAUCGUUGGGAGCGCAGCAGUCGCCAGAGCUUGGACUUCUUACUUCACAACUCUCUUGGACCGACACCCCAACUCAUUACGAUUCCACACAAAUCUCAGAGAUGGGUUCAAUCUCUUGGACCCAAUUGCCGUAGUAGUUCUAGCAAUUGCUGCAACACUUGCAAUGAUGAGCACAAGGAAAACUUCAUAUUUUAAUUGGAUUGCAUCUGCAGUCAAUACAGUGGUAAUUUUGUUUGUGAUAAUUGCAGGAUUUGAUCAUGCCAACACUUCCAAUAUAACUCCAUUUUUGCCUUAUGGUGCUAAAGGGGUAUUCCAAGCAGCUGCUAUUGUUUACUUUGCCUAUGGGGGAUUUGAUAAUAUUGCAACCAUGGCUGAAGAAACAAGAAACCCAUCAAGAGAUAUACCACUAGGAUUGCUCGGAUCCAUGUCGAUCAUCACAGUGAUAUACUGCUUGAUGGCACUUUCACUGAGUAUGAUGCAGAAAUAUACAGAAAUAGAUCCAAAUGCAGCCUAUUCUGUUGCAUUUCAGAGUAUAGGAAUGAAAUGGGGAAAGUACCUUGUAGCACUUGGCGCCCUUAAGGGGAUGACCACUGUCCUUCUGGUAGGAGCACUUGGGCAAGCCCGAUAUAUUACUCACAUAGCACGAGCUCACAUGAUCCCGCCGUGGUUUGCGCUCGUGCAUCCCAAAACAGGAACCCCUAUAAAUGCUACACUCUUCAUAACCAUUUUGAGUGCAUGCAUUGCUUUCUUUUCAAGCUUGGAUGUCUUAGCAAGCUUGUUAUCGAUUAGCACACUCUUCAUUUUCAUGAUGAUGGCAGUCGCACUUCUUGUGAGGAGAUACUAUGCAAGGGGAAUCACUCCUCGAAUUAACCUCUUGAAGCUAAUAAUUUUCUUGCUGAUCAUCAUUGCCUCCUCCAUGGGGACUUCAGCAUUCUGGGGAUUGAACCCCAAUGGUUGGGUUGGUUAUGCCAUCACCAUUCCCCUCUGGGCCUUGGGAACCAUGGGGAUAUCAGUCCUUUUGCCGCAGCAGAGGACACCAAAGGUUUGGGGGGUUCCACUUGUCCCCUGGUUUCCAUCCUUAUCAAUUGCAACAAAUCUCUUUCUCAUGGGAUCCUUGGGUUCUGAGGCUUUUAUCAGGUUCGGUUUCUGCACCAUGAUAAUGCUGGUCUACUACAUCUUUUUUGGUCUCCAUGCAACCUAUGAUAUGGCACAUCAGCAACUCAAGACGGAAAACCAGAUGGCCAUUGUGGAAGACAAGAAGGAAAAUGCAGGGCCCUAAAAAAUAGCACGAACACCUUCCACUCUUCAUUUCAGCCCUCCUUAAGAGUGCCUUCCUGCAACCAUUUCAUAUAGUAUUACUCCAAGUCUCAAGUUUCUGAAAUUUGCAAUCUGAAUUAAUUAUUCUACCAGGAACAGCAACAAUAUUAAGGAAAUGUUCUGCUCAUAACAA